CGCGGAGCUGGAGGGGACGGAGCUUUGCAGGAGGGCUGCGCUGGGCCGUGCCUGGCUCAGGGUCCCUCUGGCCGGGCGGUGCUCCAGGGCAGCCAUCUCUUCCCCGUGUGGUCGUGGAAAAAUCAAAAGUAAUUCUGGAAACGGAAAGUUCUUCUGGCAUAUGCCAAGUGAGAAGGAAGAGGUCUGAGACGAGCUAGUGGAUCAGGAAGAAAAAACCCAGCCUAGGACAGGGAAGCAAGGCUUUGAGUAGCAAUGAGGAGUGGGGAGCAGGUGAAGAAGCAGCACUGCAUGGUGGUGUCGGUGUGGUAAUUACUUGUAGGUCAUCCUGAAAAUGCCAUCGCUGUAAGCGACAAGAACACAACUGUGGUGGUAGCAUCUCACAGAAGUGGAGGUCACCCUAAAAUAGGCUUUGGAGAGCUCUGGCACUUGGUAGUUUGUAGCCUUUGCCUUUCUCAUCUCUCAGACAUUCUUAGACUGGCAAGGAUUAACAGAGGUCUCCAGCCUUGGCUUGGGCUAUUUAGAUUACUUUAUUGAUUCUGAAGUGAAAAGCAGGUCCCUCAAGACCACUGGCUUGCAUUGUUUAGGAGUUAAAAGUAUUUUCAUUUUAAGGCUGCAGUUGGGGAAGAUUAAGCAAGCUUUGUGUUUGAGUUGAGUCCGGUGAUACAUUCACAGUGAUGUGAUGAAGAGUUUUGGGGACAAUUUGUUGCUUUAUCUUUGAAUGUAGGAAUUAGGACUGACUGUGUUGAAAUGGAUGAUUUAUCAAGACUUAGUGGUUGUUCCCCCAUGUAAUAGAUGCUAAAGUUGUAGUGCUGCCCUGUGAUCAUUUCAGAGCUUCUAUCUUCUCACACCAGGACUGCUGCCUUAACUUGAGGUCUCCGACACUUUGCCUUCCCUUUUGUUACUCUUUCCAUUAUGCUCUUUGACUUGGAUUACUUGUAUUAUUUUCAUGCUUGAUUUUUUUUCCUGCUUCCUCUGUAGUGCUUUGCUAACAGGAGUAAAUCAAAGUAGGCGGUUGUAAAUCAGGUCUUCCAGUGAGCAGAUGUGUAUAAGUGAGGUUAUGAAUGCUUCAGAUUUGUGUUAUUAAACAACAGGCUGCCUGUUAUACAAAAAUGGAUUCUGCCCUGUCCUGCUGAUUACUUUUGUCCCUGCUUCAUGCUCUUUCAUUUUUUUUAUGCUCAUCUUCUGGAAUCAGCUGUGCAGUACUACUUAAAACAAGAAUUUUAAACUUUAACGUAAGUGUAGUGCAGUUGAACGAAGCCCACAAUUUCUCUGGAGCUUAUGUCAUCACUUACUCAAAAAGGCACAGUACAGACAAUGUACAGCUUCAUGUACAGGAUCAUGGGACUCUUAUUCUUGUUCAUUACAUCCCAUUCUGCAAAGAAAAAGUAAAGGUGCAAAGAAGAGGAAAAAAUGGGAAGGGAUAGGAAAGCUGAGAGAAUACCCUUCUCUACACUCCUUUGAGGGUGUGAAUGUUGUCUUUGGUGGCCUAAUAACAGUGGUUUUGUCCUCAGAGCAUUUUUGUUGCACAGGUGUCUUUAGGUGGGAGAUGUCUGAAAGAGAACGGGAAGCUGCUGAUGUGAGAUUUUCUUGGAAAAAAGAAUCUAGCAUGGGGGAAUGAUUUGUGUCUUAAAAAAGAAUAGAUAGGAGAGACUGAAAAGAGAAUGGAGAAAAAGCUGAUGGAAAUGAUCAAGGGAAAGGAGUUGUGAUGGGAAAGAUCUGUGUGAUUCAUACAGAGAAACACGAUUUAUUUUAUUUAUUUUUACAGUUAAUAGGCCAUUUUUGCUAGAUGGACUAUAAUAAUGUUCACACAAUGUUUUAAAUAGGGUGAGAAAUUUUCAUGAGAAAAACUUCCAAGUUGCUUCCUCAGUAUGUUUUAAGUGCUGUCUCACCUAGUGCUUGUGUGGAAGUCAGACGCACCACAGUGGACAGCAUUUUUGGCAGAGUUUACAAUGUAAUUGUUUCUGUGACUGGAGUUUAAAGGUAGCUUUAAGCAAGCUGCGUGGGAGCUGCUAAUAAACUAGCCAUGGUAAAUUGUGGUUCAGUGUAGGUACUUUUAUAGUCUGUAUUGCUGUCUGUAGUGUCCUAGUUAGGCUGCUAAUUGUACGUGAAGUAGUGUAGACAUUCUUUAUGUGCAGGAUUAUGUACUAAGAAUUAGAUUGAUUUCAUGCAAGGACUGCAUGACUUCAAACGUGUGAUCAGUGUAUGGAAAGUCCAUCUGUCUAUGUGUGCCUGCUCUUCCUUGGGAGAUGUCCAAUGUUUCAAGUUACGCCCUUCGAAUGGCCCGGCUGAGUGCUCAGAUAUUCGGAGAAGUUGUCAGGCCAACGGACUCAAAAUCUAUGAAAGUAGUGAAGUUAUUCAGUGAGCAGCCUUUGGCCAAGAAGAAGGAGGUCUACAGCUGGUACCCUCCUCACAACACCUACUACGCCCUCAUGAAGAAACUCCGUUACUUUGGUCUCUACAGGGAUGAGCAUCAGGACUUUAAGGAGGAGAUGAGGCGAUUGAAAAAGCUCCGUGGGAAGGAAAAACCAAAGAAGGGGGAAGGAAAGAGAGCUCUCAAGAAGAAAUAGUGCCACUUGGACAAUAUAACGAACUACUGUGGAAAUGCUGCAGAGCAGCUGUAACCCAGGCUUUCUGCUCCCAGCUGGAGAGGGCUUGGCAUGUGAGCUGCGUGUGGGGCACAAGAAACACACUGUGAAAUUCUGGCGUCCAUCUUGGGUCUUUGUGGGUUUUCUUGUUUUUUAAUUUCUGUAGUUUGAAUAUACCGUAGCACGUUAGUUUGUCAGAGCCCUCUCUUACCCAAGUAGUAAAAACAAUAGUAAAAAACCAAGUGCUCAGUGUUUUUCUUGCAAGCACCUACAGGUGUUUCGGUUUUUCUGGAUCUGGAAAAUUGUUUGGUUUUCAUUGUCUGUGUUACUUUCUUGGAUUAAGAUCAACACUGUUUUGCAUGUGGCCACAAAAAAAAUGAAGGUUUCCUGCUUCUACUGCUGCUUGUCAUCUGGCCUAUUAUAAUGAGUUUCACUUCAGGAAGCUUUAGUGUUAAUUUUUUUGAAGUUACUGUUAGAGUCUAUUGUUCUGCAUUUUGCAUUGGACAAUACUUCAUAGUCCUUUGCUCAGUCACAGCACUCUUAUUGUACCCAGAAUAUUUAGAUACUGCAACAGAAGAGGUUGAAAUACAAAGGCUCAAACUGUUUUCUGGUUUGAGACCCCCUUCUAAUUGAACUACAAUAUUUGUUUACUGUAAUAAAAGGAUUUUGAA